AUGGAGUCAACCGGCUCCGUGGACGGAGAAGAGGGACGAGAGUCGCCGCCAUUGGUCACGAGCCCGGGCCCCGGUCUCAGACCAAAGGGCUAUGUCUUCACAAGUCCGUGGGAUGGACGAUGCGAGUUCCGGACCGGCAACGGAGGGCGAAGCUUGAAGUGUCGGCACGUGCUCAACACGAGCGGCGGUGGCUUUAAUCCCUUGGUGCUAGCACAGGGCAUCCGAGAUGGCAAUGUCGGUGGUCGGCACGGAUCAGUAUCCUCGGGAAUCACAGGCGCCUAUCCCGUCAGUGAGCUACGGUUCAAUCUACCGAGCACGGAUCUAUUCAAGUCUAAGGAAGACAGAGAGCGGGCGGCAAGGGAGCUGCACGGCCAGUUUAAUAAGCUACUGAAGAUUCACCAUGACGAAAGCGAUGGCGAAAGAGACGAAGACGACGAGAAUAUCUUUGACUUUGGCGGACUGGGGAGGGAGAAAGCUGGUGGAGGUAAUAGAGGCAAGCGCGCAAAGCUAGGAAAGCUUAUUGUGUACGACGAGGGUAUGAAGAUGCUAGACCUAGUAAUUGCUGCGAACGUUGGAGUGUGGUGGGGAGCGUGGGAGAAGAGUUUCCCGCUGUAA